GCAAACUUCCGGUUCCCCCAGUGGCCCGGGCCUGGCCUCCGCCGUCGGUUCCUCCUCCUGGGCGUCUGCCUCCUCCUCUGCUGCGCCCAUGGUUCCUCCCGGAGCCCGGGCCUGGGCCGGGGCCGGGCUGGUGGGGCCGGCGAACGCGGCGUGGUGAGCGGGCGACGCGGGGAUGAUGCGGCCCUCGCGUUGCCGCUGCUGCUGCUGCCGCUGUCGCCGCUUGCUGUCGGCCGCGCUGCUGCUGGCGUUAAGCGGCCAGCUGUCCUCGCUGCUGCUUCUGCUGCUGCUGCUGGACGGAGCGGCCGCCCACGCCACCCGACAGUCGUCUCCGGGCGUCUCGCUGACUCCUUCUCAGCCCCCACCACCGCCCCGGGCCUCGGGCACUGCCCUUCCUGCGGGGCCCGGCCUCCCGGGCCCUGGCAGGACCGUGUCCCCUUCCGGGCAGGCCGGGCUCAGCGGCAAUGGCAGCGGCCCUGGAGCCGGGCCUGCCGGGGUCGGAGGGGGCGGCCUGGCCGUGUCCCCGAAUUCCGGCGACAAGCCUAUGACCCAGAGGGCCCUGUUGGUGCUGAUGGUGGUGAGCGCUGCGGUCCUGGUGUACUUCGUUAUCAGAACCAUCAGAAUGAGAAGAAGAAAUAGAAAGACACGAAGAUAUGGGGUUUUGGACACAAAUCUAGAAAAUAUGGAAUUAACACCUUUAGAACAAGAUGAUGAUGAUGAUGAUACAACUUUGUUUGAUGCCAAUCAUCCCCGAAGAUAAGAAUGUGCCUUUUAAUGAGAAAACUUCAUUCAUUGGUGAACAUCAAAGGAAGAAGCUUAUGAUUAAGGAAUAAGAAGCCAAUAUCAGUCACAGCAUGGGGGGUAUUUAAGUUAUGUAUAUUAUGACCUUUAAUUUGUUGUUGAAAUUAAUACUGUAUCAGUUUGUUGCAUCUUUGUGUGCGUAUAUAUAUGUAUAGGAAUGUUCUAUUAAUGAGCUCAAAUCUGAAGAAAAAGAAAUGCAGUAUAAUAGAAAUCUACUUGAAAAUUACCAUUAAAAUAGGGUGUUUUCAGCUUUGUUUUCUUUACUGCUUACCAUAAUGUGGUGAACAGUUUCUGUUUAUAUGCUAAUCAGCUAAUAUUAAUUGUUUUGCUGGUGUAAUGUUUUAAGUAAUUAUCAGUUGUAACUACCCACUGAAGUACAAAUUCUCUAAUUUGAUUUUUUUUCUCCAACAAAAUGUAUUUCCCAUUUUUGGGGGGAAAUGCCUGAUGUAUUGCUUGGUUUUUGAGUAUUUUUUAACUACAUAACUAUAUGAGCUAUUGUAUGCAAAGCAAUAAAUGUGAUUUUAAAUUGUUUUAAGUGUUCUAAAAGGAAUAUGAAAGGCAUUUUCAUUUGAAAAUAAAAGUUUAUUUCCAAAAUAA